CAGAACGGGAGCCUUGUCUCACGAUAAAAAGCCCCGGCCAUUUCACCUGAGCACCGUCCCCAUUCAUCCCAGCAACGAACCGCUGACUGAACCACGCCCCCUUUCGCGCCCCACCCACCCACCGGCUUCGCCUAGACUCCGCCCACUCUGGUGCCGUCACGCCUCCACACCUCCGGCUUGUUUCCGGAAUCUACAUCCUCCACCUUGGCCCCGCCCAUCCCGCUCGCGCCGGUUUCCUGGCAACCGUCUCCCAUGCCGACCGCGGCCGGGGAGCAGGGAGAUGAGGAGCAUUCCUCGUCCUCCUCCUCCUCUCCCAACCCCACCCCUUCCCCUUCCCCCAGGAUGAAUGGCUUCUCGCUCGGUGAGCUGUGUUGGCUCUUCUGCUGCCCGCCUUGCCCGAGCCGGAUCGCGGCCAAGUUGGCCUUCCUGCCGCCCGAGCCCACCUACACGGUGCUGACGGAAGAGUCGAGCAGCUUGUGCAGCCUGCACCUGUCGGAGCGUGCCGACUGGCAGUUCUCGGAGCGGGAGCUGGAGCUGCUCGAGGUGUUCUUCGUGCGCAGCGGGCGCGGCAACCGCCUGGCCUGCAUGUUCGCCCGCUGCGUGCCCGACAGCCGCUAUACGCUGCUCUUCUCCCAUGGCAACGCUGUGGACCUGGGCCAGAUGUGCAGCUUCUACAUCGGCCUUGGCAACCGCAUUAAGUGCAACAUCUUCUCAUAUGACUACUCGGGUUACGGGGCCAGCAACGGGAAACCUUCCGAGAGAAACCUUUACUCGGACAUUGAGGCGGCGUGGACAGCCCUCAGGACAAGGUCAGUGGAGCAGGGUCAGUACUGGAGGGUCCAACCUCCACCGACUGCAGUGUGCCACUCAAGAGACUGCGUCUCUGAAUUCUUAUCAUAUGCCCAGUGGGUUUAAGGAGACCUAAAUUCCAGCAGAUAAUAUUGAUUAGUUCAGUGUA